AUGUUGCAGGACUUUUUUGUGGAGCGACACUGGGAGAGGCUUCCACUUGCAUGGCAGAAGGCAUUGAGGUGUUGUGAUGCAGAGGAUCUCAUCGUCUUGUUGGACAGAAGGCAGCAUGAACCACAGCCCAGGGAGGAUGGGGAGAAGAAACUCAUCCUUCCGUUAUCCCUCUUAUCUCUGAGGGCUGCUGCUUUCUCUUGCACCUUGCAAAGAGAUCCUAUGCCCAUCUUCAAGCCCCUUUUGAAUUUUCUUCUUUUCCCAGAAUAUAUGCAUGGAGAAAUGGAAGGUGAUUGGGUUGUGUCUUCUUCUGAAGCUCUGACAAGAGGUCAAGGACAAUUACGUGCCUUAGACCCUCUCUUCAGGAGGCACGUGAAGCCAAAGAAACAGCAUGAGGUAUACCGUAUGGCCUUGGUCGUUGGGAAAGUGAUGGAGGCAGUUGGAGUCCAGCAUGUAGUUGAUGUUGGGGCCGGACAAGGGCACUUGGCAAGGUUCCUUGCCUAUCAGCAUCAGUUCAAGAUGUCAUGCCUUGAUGUGGACAGCCAACAUGGUCUUAGUGCAAAAGAAGUCAUCUCUUCUUGCUUUGGAUACCCCUUGAGCAAGUUUGUACAGAACUUUCCAAGUCACAGUCUGGGAUAUGAAUGUCGUGAGCUGGCUUGCCAUGCCAAGGAAAUGUACAUUCAUCGUCUCACUGACCCUGCAGAGUAUGACAAGCUGAAGAUUCAUUGCUACAGGGCAGCUUUGGAAAGAAUAAUCGUGAGACAUUGGCCAGAACUGAAGCGCUCUGGUUUGCGAAGCCUCAAAAAAGCCCACAAGAAGCCUUUCCCACUGUAUGCAAGGGAAGCAGUGAAGAAGUUGAAGUUCGUUCUGCCUGAGGAAGAGCUUGUUGGAAUCAAAGUUGAGGAAGAUCUGUGUCGAUGGAAGGAUGUGACUGCAUUUUAUUGCCUUAGGCUCCUCUUGGCCCCUGUUGCCGAGUCUGUCAUCCUCCUCGACAGAUUAUUCUAUCUCCAUGAGAAUGGUAGAAGAUUUCAGGGGCUACACGUGGCAAGGGGUUAUACGUGGAACGGGAGAUUGCCAGGCGAGAAACGGAGGGAGCAAGAUGUUACUCGCGAUGCACGACUGAAAGCAAUACGCGAUUAUUACAACAAUCGAGGUGCCAUCUGCGAGCCAUCGCAACCAGUUCUUAUGGAGUCUUCCAAGGACCGUUCACGGAUCAAGAUCGACACAUUGACUCACCAUUAUGAGAGGAAACGCCUUCGAGAACUGUCCUUGGCACCCAGCGCCCUUACACUGAGUUUCUUCCUGCUUGAUUGCGUUUGA